AUGUGUGAUGUGGUCGCACAUAACCCGGACACCUCACACCUGACACGCUCAAGCGUGCACGCAGGCGCAAGGCACGCGCCCUCACGUGACCUCACGCCUGCAGGACGGCGCCAGGUUCCUGUUCUCUGUCGCGGAGGAGGCGAGGACACAAGCACUGGGACCUGUGACGCCUGGGUUCAACCUCAUGGGGAGGCUGAGGUCCGCCAUCGACUCCCUGCUCCCCCUGCACGCGCACACGCUGGCCCAGGGUCGGCUGUACGUGUCGCUCACACGUGUGUGGGGUGGGGAGAACCUGCUGCUGAGCAACUUCCACUCCAGAGAUGAGCUCAUCAAGGUUCUCCUGGCAAGCUGCUUCAUUCCAGUGUACGCGGGACUCAAGCCCGUGGAGCACAUGGGCAGGGGGACGGGCAGACGUGUCGCCGCGGGAUGCAGUGUGGCCUGGUGUGUGUGUGAGAGUCGCCAACCAGGAUGUCACAGUCUCCAUGCCCAACCUGAUGCGUGUGCGGCAGGCACUGUUCCCGCCAGACCGGCGGAUGCUGGAGGCGAUGUACAGCAGGGGGAUGACUGACACUGUGCACUUUCUACGCAGGGAGCGCUGGGCUCAAUAAACACACAUGUGUGUGGCAGCAACGACUUGCUCGAGACGCGGCGUCUGAAUGUGUGUGUUUGUGUAUCCCGGGCUGACCCAGAUGCCCUGCUGGGAUAAUCCCCCUGUCUCAGCUUCUGUUUCUGAUCUACACGUGUGUACUGAUUGACAUGCAUAACGUUUGACAUGUAUGCACUCUGACACGUGUGUGCUGAGUGACUGAUAUGUA